ACCGUGGGAUUGCUUUAAUUUAUACGAACUUGCUAAUAGCAUUGAUUAUUGUAUUGCACGUAAGUUUGUGUGCUUUUUGCGUUGGUGUCUAAGCUAAAGACGGUUAAAGAGUAGGCUAAAUUAUAACUAGACUACAUAUAAUUUUUACCUUUGUCUUUUCUAAAUAGAAAAAUUAAUUACUUUUAAAAGUAUUUUCGAUCAAUGAAAGCAGACCAGAUAAGUUAUUUUGCGUGAUAGCCUAUUUGCAGGAAAGUGAAAGUGGGAAUGCCCGCGCUUCGAUUUUGCUUUCCAAACUCCAGAAUAAAUCCAAGACACUGCACCAUGUACCUGCAACAUUCUCUCGAGCGACAGUGUAGAAAACAACUGCAUUCAUACAAAGAUGAAGACUCAAAUGUGGACGUAUGUUUUUGUGAUAUUUUUUACUCUGCAGAGUAAAUGCUCAGCUUGCGAAUGGCUCGGCCAAUACAGGAGGAUAAGCAGCGAUUCUCUGACUCUCCUUAGGGAAAUGGGUGGAAACUAUCCCGAUAUCAAUGUGCCAUUUCCAGGGCGACUGUACAACUGGGUAGACGACGCUAAGGUGGAGGACCAGGUGAAGUUUCUUGUCCUGACCUUAGAUCAUAUCAUCCGUCUCAUGGACGCCAGGGAGAACAUGAACGCAGUGCAAUGGAACCUAAAGACUGUAGACCGUUUCCUAUCUGACCUGAACAGGCAGUCGUCGGAACUUAAAGAAUGUGUGGCUCGAUACCACCACCCAUCACAUAAGGAGUCCUACGAGAUAAAGAUAAAAAGCCACUUCAGGAAAUUAAAGAAGAUUCUAAAGAAAAAAGAAUAUAGCGCCCGGGCAUGGGAGCAGAUCCGGAGAGCUGUGAGACAUCACCUUCAGAGGAUGGACAUCAUCGCAAGCAAUGCCACGUCCUCUCUAAAAGUUUAACAGAUGAUCAGACAUAAUGACUGAAGAAUGGCUUGUGAUACAGUGGUGUUGGAGUGUUGAAAAGUUACUGCAAACAAUGCCUUACAAACAAAAACUGAAAAAAAUUGAAUGUAACAAAAGUAUUUAUUUACAUGAUUGUAUUUCAUUGCAAUGAAUGUAGCCUAGAGUUGUAUGUUUUGCCUAAUGGCUG